GUGGCACUAGAAAUCACAUUCACCAUUGAUUUGGGAAAGUUUUUCUUAUACCGUGCGAUUUGAGUUUUGCUUAUUUAUUCGCUAAUUUACUUUUCUCCUUGCUGCAUGGUGACAAACACGUUGACUUGUAGUAGUCUUUUGCGGUUUGCUUGUUUGUUCGCUAUUUAUCUUUCAUAGCAUAGCCAAUGGGUUUGUUGAGAUUUAUUUUGAGGUAAGAGAGUAUGGAGAGAUCUUGUGUUGGGAUUUUGCUGGUUCUGAUAGCAGCUUUGGCAAGCAUUCAUAUUGUUCAUGCUCAAGACCAAGAAGGGUUCAUCAGUUUGGAUUGCGGGUUACCGACGUAUGAACUGUCUCCUUAUAUAGAAAUUUCUAGUGGAGUGUCGUUCUCUUCGGACGAAAAGUUCAUACAGAGUGGAAACUCUGGUCGAACCCUAGAAAUGCCUAAGGGAUACUCAAAGCAAUACAAGACGCUGAGAUAUUUUCCAAAUGGAACACGAAACUGUUACAAUCUAAGUGUGGAUAAGGGACGCAAAUACUUGAUCAGAACUAGCUUUUUGUAUGGAAAUUACGAUGGUCUUGAUAUUAAACCGAUCUUCGAUCUUUAUCUUGGACCUAAUCUCUGGGCCACGAUAGAUUUGGAGACACUGGUGAAUGGUACACGGAGGGAUAUCUUACACAUCCCAACAUCAAACUCAUUGCAGAUUUGUCUUGUUAAGUCUGGCACAACUACGCCGCUAAUAUCCACUUUGGAAUUACGGCCGAUGGGAAAUGGUUCUUAUAUCACGGAAUCUGGCUCCCUGGAACUUCAGCACUGGUAUUAUCUUAACAAUACAGGAUCUCGUAUACGGUACUCCAGUGAUGUAUAUGAUCGCAUAUGGGUUACGUUCUUCAAGAAGGAAUGGACACAGAUAUCCACCUCUCUCGAAGUGGACAAUUCCAACCAUUAUGUUCCACCAGAAGAUGCACUAAAAAAUGCUGCCACGCCUACUAAUGCCAGUGCGCCAUUGACGAUUGAAUGGAUCACAGAAAAUGCUAAUGAGCAGUAUUACUUGUACUCACACUUUGCUGAGAUCCAAGAGUUGCAUACAAAUGAAACCAGGGAAUUCAACAUUGUAUGGAAUGGAAAACUUUAUUACGGUCCUGUAAUUCCAGACAAGCUUAAGUUAACUACUAUUCAAAGCCAGUCAGCCGAAACUUGCAAUGGAGGGAAAUGCAGCUUUCAACUGAUAAGAACCAACAGAUCAACUCUUCCACCUCUACUUAAUGCUUUUGAAGUUUACACUGUUAUUCAGUUUCCACAGUCCGAAACAGAUGAAAGCGACGUGGCUGCUGUAAAAGACAUUGAAGCCACCUAUGGAUUGAGUAGACUCAACUGGCAGGGUGAUCCAUGCGUCCCUCAACAGCUUAGCUGGGACGGUUUAAAUUGCACGAGCACGGAUGUUUCAAUACCACCGAGAAUCACUUCUUUAAACUUGUCUUCAUGUGGUUUAAAUGGACCCAUAGCAGUUUCCAUUCAAAAUCUUACACAACUAGAAAAUCUGGACUUGUCAAAUAAUAACUUGACUGGAGGGUUGCCAGAGUUUCUAGGCAACAUGGAAUCAUUGUCGGUCAUAAACUUAAGCGGGAAUCAACUUAAUGGUACAAUUCCUAAAGCUCUUCAGAGGGAAGGACUAAAGCUAUUUGUUGAAGGAAACCCAAGGCUUUGUGUUUCUGAUCCAUGUACAAAACCACUACAUAAGAAGAAAGUUCUUGUGCCAAUCGUCUCAUCAGUUGCUUCAGCAGUCUUUGUCACUGCUGUGUUGGUUCUUUUUCUCGUACUAAGAAAGAGACAUUCAACGGCUGAAGAAGGUCUGCAUCUGCCACCGAGGAUGGCAAUGGGGAACGAUACAUUUGCUAAUUCACCUGAACCUUCAUUUGAUCAGAAAAGCACAAGGUUCACUUAUUCAGAGGUUAUCAAAAUGACAAAUAACUUCCAAAGAGUUUUAGGUAAAGGAGGGUUCGGCUUCGUGUAUCACGGUACGGUAAACGGUUUAGAAGUGGCCGUUAAAGUACUCUCUCAACUUUCAACUCAAGGUUAUAAACAGUUCAAAGCAGAGGUUGAUCUUCUUCUUAGAGUUCACCAUAAAAAUUUGGUGAGCCUCGUGGGGUAUUGCUAUGAAGUUGAUCACUUAGCCCUGGUCUAUGAGUUUCUACCCAACGGAAACUUAAAGCAACAUUUGGCAGGAAAAGGAGAUAGAUCUGCCAUCACCUGGGGUAGUCGACUACGAAUAGCCAUGGAGGCAGCUUUAGGGCUGGAGUAUUUACAUACUGGAUGCACACCGAGAAUGGUUCAUAGAGAUGUCAAAACUACAAACAUAUUGCUGGAUGAGCAUUUCCGGGCCAAACUUGCAGACUUUGGGCUAUCAAAAUCUUUCCAAGUUGGAGACGGACCUCAUGAAUCAACAGUGAUUGCUGGUACUCCUGGAUACCUUGAUCCCGAAUAUUACCAUUCAGGUCGGUUGGGUGAGAAGAGUGAUGUCUACAGCUUCGGGAUGGUGUUAUUGGAGAUGAUAACAAACCAACGUGUAAUAUCUGAGAAAUCUCACAUAACAGAAUGGGUUGCCUAUAAGCUUAACCGAGGCGAUAUUAGUGGGAUCAUGGAUCCAAACCUUUGCGGGGGUUAUGACACUAAUUCUGCAUGGAGAGCUCUUGAGCUAGCAAUGUCAUGCGCAGAUCCUCAUUCUGCACACCGACCAACCAUGUCUCAUGUUAUUAUCGAGAUUAAAGAGUGUCUUGCGUGUGAGAAUUCGAGGGUGAUUAAGAAUCAAGACUUGGAAACGCAAGAGACGAUCAUGAGGUUGGAGACGUCAGUGGUUCCUGGGGCAAGAUAGUUGCAGCAACUGAUCACAACCGUGUCAUUCCUUAAGUUUAUGUUUUUAAGUUGUGUCUGCCUGCUUAUGCGUUAGUACCAAUAUAAAAAUAAAACAAGGCAAGGAUUUUGGUUACAAAUUUGUAAGAUUAGUUAAACAAAUAUUUUUUAAUUUAAAAAGUGCAUGUUUUCCAGUUUAA